AUGGCCCCCGCUAGGAAGGAACCGGCUCCAAAACCCAGCCCAGCUGCGAACAUGCAGAGUGCAUCCAGCGGAGAAGUCUCGGCUAACGCUACCGAAAGUGAGCCAGAAUCUUAUCCAGAGCCCCAGAAGCCCUUCAGAAUGUCAGAUCUCGACCUAGAUGUCUCCUACGUUGGAGUAUUUGAGUUAUCCCCUCACGAACCGCGACCACGAUGGCCGGAAAUUUGGCAUGAAAGUGGGACACCAUACCCUCGAGGUUGGUCAGCAACUGAUCUAAACCAAGAUCUGAGCAAGCAUGAAGCCCGGAUCGAGCGAUAUCGCAAGCAAAUGGUGGAGAACAACAUGCCGGAACAUGCUCGGGAAAAACUUGCACAUUAUGAAAAGCAGCUUGCGGACAAGAUGGAACUGAAGGCAAGAUACCCUGGUCUCAAGUGGCAAACUCUUCUACAAAUUGAAGAACUUGAGCGAGCUAAACAACGCUUUGCUUUGGAAAGAGAUCGCGGGAAUAUAGUUCCUAGUUUGGAAGCCAUCAUUACAGCCUAUGAGAGCCGCCAGUUGGACGUUUACCCGGAUGAGAGGUUGGUGACCUACUGGCACAAGGGCAAGCAGAUCAGCCAGCCACGACCCUUCAACUGGGAAGAAUAUCAUAUCAUUGCUGCUGGGUGUGAAGGUAGAGUCAUGUCUGUCUGGGUGGAACCGAUUGGCGUCCCGCAACAGAGAACAAACAAUAUCUAUACCGUGCUGAACGUACCCAGAGCAUCUAACCUUGACCAAGGUUGA